AAAUUAGUCGAAGAAGACGUAAUAGAAUCUCCAAAGCGCAAUUGCUGAAGGUGAAUUUGGGACACACUUAUUCCCUCUAUUGGAAUGAAUACAUGCUUCUCGGUUCUGAAGCCUCAACGUCAUGAGGUCUCUGUCAGCAUUAUUUGCUGUUCUAUCCGUGGCAUGCAAUAGUCUGAAAUAGAACCGAUAAUGGCUUAUGGACUCCCAGAUAAUGGGUCUCAAGACAUGGCCGUGGAAGGCGAUUUUUAUUGUCAGAGGCGGCUCUCACUCAAUUCGCUUGCUCAUGUCACACACUCGCUUUCAACAUUGGCAGCCGUUCUGGAUAUCACGUUCAAGGCGACAGUCCGCCGACCGUCAAAAAAGCUGUGCUCGCUUGUAAAUAUCAACAAUCUCCGCAGGCCCUUCAGAUUCUCGACCCCACAAUACAACUUCGAGUACUGGCUGCACGAGAUGGACAUGAAUCUUGCAACGCAGGCUCCUCGUCCCAUAGCGGUAGUCACUCCUCCUAUGGCAGCUGUGACAGACCAAGUUCCUCCCUCUCCUCGCCGCUUCACUAUCUCGACUUUUCCAGCAAUUUCGCCCCGUACACGUAAGAAUGGCGGUAAUGGCCAAUGCACCCAUAUCACAACGACGCGUCUUUACACUGAAGAUUUCCGCUGCGCGCAAUGUCUCAAUCUAGGUUCGUUUGGAUGGCUGUAUCGCUGUACACAAGACCGAGAACUGCUGUUGGAGGAGGACAUUGAACGCGGAUGCGAGGAGAAACUAGACAAAUUCUGUGACAUCCUACCUAGGUCCAUCUCUCCACGCACCCGGAGCGCGUUGGCAAGACUCGACAAGCUGAGCUUCUUGACUGAAAUCAGCGAUGACGCUAUGAAGCACUAUACACCAGACCAAUUGAAGACUGUUCUUGCCCAGAGAGCGCAUCUUCUCGACACAGUUUCCCAACCAGACUACACAGACUUCCCCGAAUCAUUCUUCUCCAACCGUCCCCUUCCGACACCAUAUCCAAGCCAACCACCUGGUCUGCUCAUUUCCGCAGGAUUGCCAACCAGCAACACAGGUCUUCUUAAGCCCUGGUUCCCUCUUCAAGGCGGCGAGUGCCAAUUCAAAUGCUGUCACUUCUGCCGACCAUCCAUGAAAGAGCGCAGUUUCCUCUCCCUGAAUGGUAUCGCGAAUGGUGAUAUCCCAGCUACGACGAUCACGGGUUUCGGUUUCCAUUUGCAGAGGAAGAGACCGGUUGCAUUGGUCAAGCACGUUAAGAAUCUGGGAUUGAGACCAAAUCCUCCUCCUCGCCUCCCACCCCGACCAGACGACUCAGCCGACAGCCAAUCUCUGCCUCCCAGUCCAACAGUGUCACCCAAGCGUAGAAAGAAGGUCAAGCGUCUUCCAACCUAUCUCGGUCUAGGAAUCGUCCCCUCGGAAGCCACCCAUCCAUCGACGUUACCCACAUAUACAUCUCCAACUCCACCAAGCCCCCUCCUACCCAGCACGCCUAAAUUCGCAAACCUCCCACAAUUCCCCUCCAAUAACACCUCAUCUGCAACUGAGUCUGGAACCGGUAUCAACCUCCCAUGUUCCACAACCUCAAUCCUCAGCUCUUUCGAGCUCGGAAAUCUCUCUUCGCUCCCGUCCUCGGAGAUACCCCACAGACGUCACCCAUACUCCCAAUCAGCCUCAAACUCAGAGUCCGCGCAACGUAUCCAUACGCUCGCUACAGUCACUCCACUUCCACCUCCAACACCUUCCGAGCAAUACUCAAACAUGUCCUCAAAUAUGGCAGGUAUAUCACGCAGUCUUGGAGUUGUGCGCAGACAAACUGGGCACAUAUCCGAAUACAUAGCUGGAACAGGAACAGAGUCAGAAAAGGAGCAAGAAGAGGAUCCGUACUCGCUUGAUAUUGAUAUGGAUGUUGAUACUGAUGUCGGGGAAGGUGAGAUCACUGCUUCGAGACCACUCACGUCGAUGGAGACAGGCGAGCUAAUCCAAGGCGAAUUUGGGAGGGCACCGCUUGAUGUCAAGGACGGUGUGGCUCUUACGGAGGAGAGUGUUGAACUUCAUGUUCCGGAUAUCAUUACACAAUUUUGA